AGUGGUCCCAACUCAUCAUUUCAGCUGCGUGACAUCGUCAAAAGUCUCUGAGCCAUCAUGGUGCCGCUAGCAUUCACAUUUGCUUUACUCGCUGUGUUCCAGCUGGGCACUGCCUCAAAUAACGACUAUAACCUUGUUACAGCACGCUGUGACAACAGUCCGGAGAUUGACUGGACAGCGACCAUCAAUGCCUACCUGCGGCGCAUUCCACAGUCAAUCCCUAUAUCGGGCAGCAAGGAGAAGGCUUGGAUAAUGGGAUUCAAGACUUCCACACCUGAAGUGACGGGCCUUGGGAGCUUGUGGGCAUACAAGCCGCCCUACACGUUCUGCGUCGCGAACCGCACGCUCAUUGAGGUCGAGGCGUUCGCCGACGAUCCACUGCGAAUCAACGCGGAGUGGAACAGCUGCACGGGUGGCACCGGAAAGCUGGGAACCACGAUUUCGGCCGCCAGGCUCCGACUCUACUUUGUCGUUGAUCCGACUCCCGAGGAACCGCAUCGAAUUCAGCUUUACAACGUCUCACCCGAACGCAUCGACGACGCGCAGCUCUACGUAACGGGGGCCAAUCCGGGAUUGACCGAGUUUCUGGAAGGAUUGGGCGUUUUCUUCAUGCCACACCUUCAGCUGUUCUGGAGCAGAUUUAUUCGUGUUGACGCGGUUGCCAUACUCAGGGACGACCUCAAAAUCUAAUCGACGGUAAGGUUUCAGCACAUACAUUUAACAUUUGUGACGUAAAUAUCAAUAAAGUAUGCUUUGCGUCACUA